AUGCCGCACGAUUCUCCCUACCCGCCGGUCGAGAUUCCGGUCCGUCCGUACCAUGAACUCCUUCUUGACGCCAUCGAUAAGACGAUUGCGGAGGGCAAGAACAAGAUUGCGUUUGUGAGCGGCGACAAUCCGAACUACACACUCUCUUUCGAGCAGCUCCGCAAAGACGCCUACGCAGUCGCCGUCUACCUGCAUAGCAUCGGCUUCAAGGCAACAAAAUGAUUAUUAUUCAAUUGAGUGUACAUAGAUCUUCUUCAGAAAGACGUCGCCGCGGUGGUGCUCCCAAACGUGUGGCACUACGUCUCCUUCUUCAUCGGAUGCGCCAUUAACGGAGGAGCCGUCUCGGGAGCCAGCGCUCUUUUCACUGAUUGUCAGUUUUGAAGGUGUUCUUGCAAACUAAUGGGGCUAUUCAGGGGAUGAAAAAAUGAUUGCAAAAAAUAGAAAAAAAACGGAAAGAAAUGCAUCGCUCGCAGCGUUUUUUUCCGGCGGGUCUCGCAGCGAUUUCCCCGUGUGAGAGAUGUGUUAUGAGUGGAUUUACGAAAAUUUUUCUAAUUUUUCAGCGAAAUUUCCACGUUUUCCCGCGAUUUUAAACCGAUUUUCACCGAAAAGCUCAAUGUUUUGAACGAUAUGACGAGGCACUCGAAACUAUCCAAAAAAAAAAGAAUUCAAGCGAAAUCGGUCGGAAAUAGCGGUAAACGUGGCAAUUUCGCAUCAGUUACUAUAACAGAUGAAUAAGAACUGAAAUUCCGUUGAAAAUCGGUUGAAAAUAGCGGGAAAACGUGGAAAUUUCGCUGAAAAAUUAGAAAAAAAUUCCCCCUUCUCGUAAAUCCACUCAUAAAACGUCUCUCACAGUAGCCGCAUGCAUGCGUCGCGUCCGGGAAAUCGCUGCGAGACCCGCCGGAAAAAAAACGCUGUUUUUUUUUCAUUUUUUGACAUCGCUGAAUUGGGGAAAAAACGGAAAACAAUCAUUUUUCCAUUUUUCCGUUUCCAGAUGAACUCCAACGUCAAUUCGUGGACUCGCGUGCCAAAGUGGUGCUCACCUACGAAGAUUUCCUCCCGAAAGUGCUGCUCGCGGUGAAACAGUCGCCAAACAUCCAGAAGAUCAUUGUGAUCCCGAAGCCGAGCGGCUCGUCCCUUCCGCCAGGAGUCGUCUCCUGGGCGCAAGUGAUCGCCACUCCCGUCACGGCUCUUCCACAAGUGCCCAUCGACGUGCACAACGACCUGCUGGUCCUGCCGUACUCUAGCGGAACCACCGGACCGCCGAAGGGAGUCAUGCUGUCCCACUACAACUUUGCUUCGAUGAUCUCCAUGUAUCUCUCGUAAGUGAUCACUGAUUAGAAGGGGGGCGAAGUGCAAUGUCUGAUGGAAUGUGUAUUGCAGAAUCGAUAAGAGCCACAACCUGGACGUAUUGGACCCCAACUGGGACAGCUACAAGGAGAAGGCGCUUCUCUUCCUUCCGUUCUACCACGUCUACGGAUUCGGACUCCUCAACCACUGUCUUCUCAAAGGAAUGACUGGAGUGGUGAUGAGCCACUUCGAGCCGAACAACUUCUUGACGGCCAUUCAGAACUACAAGGUUUGGCUGACAGAUUCCGAAAUCAUUCCUAACUUUCUGCUCUUUUCAGAUCCGAAUUCUCUGCCUCGUACCCCCGAUCAUGGUGUUCCUGGCCAAACAUCCGAUUUGUGCAAAGUUCAAUCUGACGUCGGUCCAGAUGAUAAUGGCGGGAGCAGCUCCGGCCGGAAAAGAUUUGAUCGAGGAGCUGAAAAGAAAGUACGCGGACCUCAAGUACAUUCAGCAGGGUUACGGAAUGACCGAAUGCUCGAUGGCCAGCCACUUCCCCGAUCUCAGAAACCCGCAACCGUACGGAUCUGUCGGAAAGCUCGCGCCGAACCUCGUUAUGAAAGUGAGUGGGAUCCAUGAAAAAGCGAGAAGUUAGCGCGGAUGCUUGCAGAUUAUCGAACCGGGAACGGACAGAGAGCAACCGAUCAAUCAGAGGGGAGAAAUCUGCGUGCGAGGACCGACUGUGAUGCUCGGCUACUUGGGAAGACCGGAAGCCACCGCGAGCACCAUCAUCGACGGAUGGCUCCACACCGGAGACAUCGGCUACCUAAACGAGGACGGCAACCUGUUUAUUGUGGACCGACUCAAGGAGCUGAUCAAAGUGAAGGGAUUGCAAGUGCCGCCCGCCGAACUCGAGGACCUCCUCCUCUCGCAUCCCAAGAUCCGAGACUGCGCGGUCAUCGGAAUUCCCGACGCCAAGGCCGGAGAGCUUCCGAAGGCGUUCGUGGUGAGAGCUGACGAGACCCUCAGCGAGCAGGACGUCAAGGACUUUGUCAAGCGUAAGCUGGAAGCUUUUCGCUGUUUUUUUGAGUUACAACUUUUUGCAGCGAAAGUUUCGUCGUACAAGCAGUUGGAGGGCGGGGUCGAGUUCAUCGAGGAGAUUCCAAAGUCGGCGGCCGGAAAGAUUCUCCGACGAUUCUUGAGAGACCGUUCGACUGCUAAGCUUUAA